UUUAUUAUUACGAUUAUGUAGCCUAUGGAAUCUGUUUGAAGAUGAAUAUCAUCACAUCAUAAUAUAAAUGUUUCAUGAUAAACAUCAUUAGAGUGAAAUAUAAUAUUUGUAAGGUUUAUAUGCAAUAAAGAUGAUCUUAUCUUUAUCAUUGACGUCAUAGGUUUUGAACACCUAUGACGUAGAAUGACCUGUUGCAUAAUGACGCGAUCGGAUGACGUGAGGUAUUGGCAUAUCAAAUGGAACCGAAUCCAUCUGCAGAAAAGCCGACUCCGUCAGAGGAUCCGCCUCCAUACACGGACGCAGAUAUACCAAAAGACAAGCAAGGAUCCACACCGGAAAAUGGAUCACCCCCACUAGAUUAUGGAUCAUCCCCACCAGGAUACGAGCCACCCACGGCAGAUGAUUAUCAUCUACGCACGGGACAUCAAGUACAAAUUUAUGAAUCACCCACAGACAUGGUUCCAACAGCCGCACCCAAAGACUAUUUGUUUCUGUCCGUGGCAGCGUGCUUAUUCUGUUGGCCUUUGGCAAUAUGUGCUCUGAUGGCAUCGACUAACUCUCGCGCUGCAGCUCAGGAGUUUGAUUUCUAUCAAGCCCAGCGCAAUGGAGAGGCGGCCAGAAACUUUGCAGUUGCGGCCAUCAUCAUGGGUGUGAUGUUCUAUUCCGUGGUGCUCAUUGUCAAGGUCGUGGAUUUUUAAUUAAAAUGAAAUUAAAUUAUUUAAAUAAAA